AUGGGUUUUUCAUCUUUAAGAGAUUUUAAUAAGGCUAAUUGUAUAGAAGAUAGGACUAAAAGACAAGAAGAAGAUAAUCAUGAAUAUCUACAAUCACGGACAAGUCAACCAUCACAAGAAAAAUCAUUACGUAUCACUAUCCGAGUUCCAACACGAUCACACUUAGGAAAAAGAUCAACUCGAAGACGUGUUGGAGUUUUAGAGAGUGCUACAGAUACAGAAUCAGAAGAAUUGAGUCCAUUAAGUGAUCCUAAUGAAGAUGAAGAAAUUGCACAUAAUGAAUCAUUGGAUACGGAUGAUAUUGAGACAUUUGUAUCUCCACCGUGUCCACAAAGUACAUUGCCUAGUGAGGCUUCUAGACUUACAAAACGUCAGAGGGCUCGGAUAGAAGAAGAAUUGGCAAUACCAAGUGAUCUUGUACAGUUACCAGAAACAGUUAAACGGCGUCAUCAAAAUCUUACAGAGGAAGAAUUAGCCCUGAAGAAAGAUGAACUUGCUCGUCGCCGAAAGAAUCUUUCAGAACAAAAACUGGAGGAGGAGAAGAUGGAAACGAUUCAUAAGCUUCUUAAUAAGCAAGCAACACAUAAGUAUAAAAGGAUUAAAACAGGAGAUACAGAGGGUGUAUCUGACGAUGAAAAAAAUAUUCCACGAGUAUCUUCGCCUAUUAUGUCACGAUGGCUUGAUACAAAGGAUGGCACUGUGUUUGCCGUUCCCCAACGAUGGCUUAAUACUAGUAUUUCGGCUUACUUUUCUCCACAAAAAGCACCAGCGCCUCCUUCUCCACGGCCGUUAUGUGCUUCAUGCGGUGGUUCUGGAAUAUAUGCUGUAAUUGAUUCUAAUGUUUCCGUACGUGCAUGCUCUAUUCCAUGUAUUCGUUCUAUUCGGUUAAAAUCAUAA